AUGUGUUUGUUGGAAAUCACCUUUAACAACCUCAAAAUAUACUGCGAUACCACUUGCACACUAUCGAUCAAAAAACUAUCGAUUUCCGGCCAAGUCAUAAUAAGUGGAGCCUCGUCACUGAUCAAAAGCAUUCUCAUAGAUGUGCUGCGCACCGGCAAAUCUAAGCACGACUACAUAAGAGUAACCGGGACAUUGCAGAUGGAUGGACACAAGCUAUCAUUAGACUUUCUGGAAAAGCUGAUGCCAUCUCAUAUAAAGUGCACAUACUGCUACACCACAGUAGCGAAACUGCGCUUCAUUUACAACUUUACCAGAAAACACGUGAAGUUACAGCCCGAAAAGAUCCUGGAAGAUUUUCUGCUCACCAACAAGCGCAUUGCCAACCUGACUACUGAUGAGCUGUGGGCGUUCUCAAUUGCGUGCAGUAUAAUACACGGUCACAAAAUAAUAGUGAUAGCGAACAUAAAAUCAUCCUUUUUCUACCUGAACGUGAUGGACAAGGUGAUGUAUUACACCACAGUGAUACCUUUGGUGGUGAUAAUUGACCAUUCUGGAAAUGAGGAGUGUCUUGGCUCGGUGUUCUUUUCGCUGAAAAAGAUUAGCACCAUGGAGUACAGAUUGACCAGCUUGAACGAUGACAGUAAUUCGGAUGAUUAUGAGGUGAUAUAUAUGAACAAGCGGAUAUACGAUCAGGUGAUGAAGAGCAAAAAGUCAAAAUGCUUGGACACAGAUUUCUUUUUUGAGAGUAUUCUGUCUGAUGAACUGAAAAACCCGUUGGUCAUAAAUGAGAGAAACAAGAAUAGGAAGCUGUCAAUAAUGAAACGUACCUUGAACGCGGACUUCUAUCGAUUCGAUUUUAAAACCAGCCAUGUUCUGAACGUGCUGCGGUUGAAGCAACACCUCGGGAACAGAUACAACACCAUAAAUCAGUUUCUGACACUGGGCAUGCUCGUUGUGCUUUUUAUAUCAAAGUUGUUGUUCGAUAAAGCGCAGGGAGAGGUGUCUAAGAUGGCAUAUAACCUUAAUUUCAGUUUUAUGAAGGUGUUCAAUUGGCUUAAGGGAUUUUUAAUCGAGAGGUACUCGCAAUGCUGUGAGAUCAGUAUCGGCAGCGAUAAAGUAGAGCGUCUUCGAUUGCUUCUGCGGGCCAAAAAGCUCUUAAGAGAUAUUUCUGAGAAAAAAAGGAUCUUUUACGGUAAUCUCGACGAGAAUUGUAUGAACCAAGUCAUGAGGAGCGUUGAUUUACUUACAAUACGCCUGCUCUGCCUGACGGUAAAACAUAUGGUUAUAAAUAUGAGGAUAUCGGCAUCUUUGUUCGAAAUGUAUGUCAACUACGUGAUCAAUAACCACCGUGCCUUUGAAUCGCUGAUCAUCGGAUGCUUCAUAUCCACGAACAUACUAAGAUUAAUCAAUCAGGAGGUCGACUUCAAUUACCGUAACAAUAAUCUUAUUUACACGCCAUGCACAUACUUCUUGUCGAUUGUCAAGUUUUUAGUGGGCGAUGUCUGCCACAACCUGAUAAACAUCAUCAUUCUAUUCAACAAGGGCCAUCUCAUAUUGCAAAUCUUCAACCUCUCAUUUCUUUGCACUUUUAUUGCGGUUACCAAACACUCGGUAAUUUUGCUCAUUAUUUUCAAUGUGAUCGCGUUCUUUACAUCUUUGGAUUCGAUCGACUUCCUGCGCGAAUAUCCAAUUCUUUUCUUCGUGAGGAAGAUCAACCCGUUUUUUCUUGUAAAGGAGAUUGUUUCACCAUCACAACUGAACCGACUGCAUACACUGCUGUACCUCCUAAGGUUUUAUUUUAUGUAUUUUCUGAUGGCUAUCUACAAGUUUAGUAAAGCUUAG